AUGCUUGCGGGCGAAGAUCAUGAGGUGAAAAUAAUGAACACUUCUAGCAUCGGAGCUCUGAAGGAAGAUCUCCAAGAGAAAACGGGAACUCCGCCAAGUCGCCAAAGGAUAAUUUUCCAAGGCCGAGAGCUCAGUGAUAGAUCCGCCAUUGCCUCGUGUGGUCUUCAGGAUGGCUCAGUUGUCCAUUGUGUUUCUAACGCUCCUCCGUCUAAUGAUACGUCUACCAGUACUCAGGCACAGGCUGCUGCUCCAUCUCAAGCUCGCGUGGAAAUGCACCGCGCUGUGACACUUUUUGUCGCAGCUGCAUCGCGUCUAGACAACCGCCAGACAAGUUCGAUAACAACUGACACAACAGAUCGAAGUAUGAACGAUAUGGACGCACUAGCCACGAACAUGGAAGAUUUGGCUCGUGGAAUGGACAAUCUGCCAGCAAGUUUGAGAUCUCUUGCUCUGGGGCUGAGAGCUGAUACGCCUUCUGAUUUUGAAGCGUUGGAAGCUGAUUUUCGUAAUGCAUCCAGUGCACUCAUGCGUCUUGGAACAGCAGCGUCGCGUAUGUCUAGCGCAAGAAUCAAUUGGUCCGCUCCGCCACCUAGAACUGUUGAGUACCGACAGACUCGUGUGUCCCGAAAUCAAGGCGCGAGAGGCGCAGGAGGCAAUUCAGCAGGAAUAGUCAUUCCGGUCAGCGUCACUGCUAACGCAAAUGGGCAAGACUCAGAUGAUAUUCUCGGAAAUAUCCGUGCUCAAAUUGAAAAUGGCUUGCAAGGAGCUCUAGCAAAUGCGAAUGCUUCGAUUCAAGAACGUCUAGCGGGAACAGGGACGAGAGCUGCGGAGUUAAACGCUCAACUCGACCGACACAUCCAGCAGCACACACAGAUGCUAGACCAAGUGAAUCAACUACGUGACCACUUGCCAUCGGCAGCUAGCACGGCACAAACAACACAAGAGACGAGUUCGACUACUACUUCAUCAUCUAGUCCAUCAAAUAACCAAACUAAUGGACAACAAGCUACACUUCAAGCGCAAGUUAUUUCAAUGGUGAAUAGGCUUGGCGCGAUUGAUGGUGAAGAAGGCGACGACCGACUUGGUGGUAUAAAUGCGAACAUCACAAUCAACGCACAAGUUACACCAAAUAUUCACAUUCGAAUCGUUCCACCAAGCAUGGCCAUGGAGCCUGUUCGAAACAACCGUGGAGAAGAAGCAACUUUCCAUGCUUCGAGUGCCGAAGAUGCGACUCGAAGGGCAACAGGUCUUUCAGCAGAUAUUAUCGAGCAAAUAACUGCGUCUGUGAAUAAUAAUGCUCAAACUGGAAGCCCAAUUGUAAUUGAGUGCGAAAACACCGAUACAAACGGAGAAGUUGGUCGUGUAAUUGGAGAAGCCCUCAGUCAGACUUUCGACAACUUGACGAACCCACAAAAUAUUACAACAAGAGAUGGCGUAGACGUAGUCGGACAGCCCUUCAACGAACGUGAAGCCGCAUUAUUAGAAGCAGCUCAAAUAAGGCCUUCUUCGACGAGAAAUUCUUCAAGAAACUCUUCGAGAAACUCCUCAAGAAGAAGCCAUUCGCCGUUGUCCCCAGCCGCUGAUAUCAGUGGCCCUGAUGUCGCUACGUUUUCUCAAGGAGGGGUAAUUAUUCGUUUCAAAGAAGUUGACCUUGAAAUGCGACUAAUUGACUGGAUCGGAAGUGAAAUCGGAAACAACCCUACACUUCUUCCAUUCCGAUCGUCAAUUGAGUCAAUUCACAUGCGUGAGGUCGUUGCCAUUUUUGACCGGCAAGAUGCGUCUGAAAACUUGCAAGGCAUCUUCCGAAAGAUCGUCAUGUUCGCUGGAAUUUUGGAAGGAGGAAUGCCCGGCAUGUUCAGACUUUUCUUUGGCGACGAGAUGUUGAAAAAGGGAAAGAAAGAUAUUGACGUGAUCGAGUCAAAUAUGAGCCUCCUCCGUCAUACCCUGCGUCUUCUCAAAGAAACAGUUCAUAACCGCGAACAACUCGGAAAGACGCUGCGAAACUUCGCCAAAAAGUUCGUCAAGCUCAACUGCGAAAUAUUCCAAAGUAAACGUGAUUUCAUUCUCCAUGCUGCCAGUUUUGCUAAAGCAAGUAAUGGUUACGGAGUCCGGAGGAGAGAAAUGUUUGAAAAUGCUAUUUAUAUUGCUUCCGUCAGUGACGAUAAAGACCUGCUUAUCGAUGGAUAUGUGAUGGAUAUUCAAGAGACUCCAGUGAAAUUAGAAACAGAAAAGCCUGCCACAGAGCCGGUUGAUGACGGUCUCAUGGAGGACGACAUCGACUCAGAUCAUGAUGAUAUGGUUAAAGAAUCCAAAGCAGUGGCAAAGAGCCCCGCUCAAUCAUUAUCUUCAGCCUCUUCACAGUCGAGUGCACCGGGAAGUCGGAAGAUUUCUACUGAUAAACCGAAAGCCGAAACGAUAACAGAUGAAUGUCUUCCAAAAGAGUGGCGCCCGAUCGUAUCGAGAGAUGCUCAUAUUGUGAGAGAGCAUAGCCAAAAUUCUUCAAGAAAAAACGUCAAGCUAUCCGCCGCUUAUCGAGCGGGAAUGCCUUCAAAACGCCCAUGA